UCCGUGCGACCUGCUGCAGAAAUCCUUCUCCUCAACUUCAAAAAUAUAUAGAUACUUUGCAUCGCCAUGGCGAGCAUUCAAUUCGGCUCAACUCGCCUGAACUUCAACCCAUAUCGAGAGAGCACCGCCACCUCAAACCCAGCGUCCCUUCUCAAUUCCAUACAUAUCACUUCAUUAUGGAAGAGGAUCUUGUUCUCAUCGAAAAGCUUCCUGCAAUGUCACUCGUUCCUGGCCAGCCAUGGAGAGAGUCUCUGCUUGAACCUCCACCUCCUCCUCCUCCUCCGCCUCCGCCUUCAAGCGAGCCGAGUCUCGUUCCAAUAAAGUCAAGAAAACCCGCCCGUCAUGUGAAAUCCCUUCAUAAGCUCGCAGGCUUGGAUGACGACGCGGACGAUCCCGCUUGUCCAGAGAAUCUUUUCCAGACAACCCCCAAUGCGUUCGAUUGGCAUCAUACCACUGCAUCUCUGCUUGCUGGGGAUCCAGCCAAGUCUCGAGCAAGUCCUUCUGGUUUUACGACAGGCUCAGAUCCAUGUCCACCCCAACCGCCGCCCCCUCUCGGUGUGCUUCCACCGCCUCCUCUCCAGAUCCUCCCUCCGCCUCCACCGCCGCCGGUGACAUUUCUUGCGCCCCCACCACCACCACCCAUCUCCCCGAGACGUGUCUACAGCCCGGAUGUCUUUAUCCCUUCUACUAUUAGCUACUUUCCGAAUUCGACCAGCGACUUCCUUCACCUCGAGCCAUUCAAGCGCACUGUGCUUUCCCUUGUCCACGACGCGGCUCCUGCAGACCUGGACAACUACAGAUGGAUCCUGCAACACGGCUCGCCCGACGCAUGGUAUGCCCGGCCCUGCAAGGCUGCAGAAACCGCACUUCUCAGCGGCAGCAGCAUUAUGGAAUCGUGUGACAUCGGCUCCGCCCCCGUUCAAUGUUGCCAGAUUCCACGGGUAUGGGCCUCGGCGGCCCUUACUACGCCCGACCGCGACGAGGAAAGCUGCGACAGCUGCGACAGUUGCGGAUGCAGUAAUUCACUCCGCCGCCCCUGUCUGUCGCCGCUGGUAUACAACAUCGUCGUCUCCACAUUCGCGGUCCCGGCGGAGGGGUCUUCGUACAACAGCUAUGGGCGGCAAGUGUAUAGAUUGUUUAAGUGCGGGUCGCGGGAUGCCGCUGUGGCGGAGGUUUUCUACACGGCGGGUAUGCUUGGAUGGAAUGUCGUGUUCUCAUGUGUAAUGCGGAAGGGGGAAACGUUUGAUGAGCAGAGUGGACCGAUAGAUCGGGUGCACAAGUUGCGCAGUUUGAUUGAAGAGGGAAGGGACGGUGAAAAGGUGAGGGUUUUCUACUGAGAUAUGAUCGAGGGAGCCGCUCUAUCGAAUGAACCGAAAGAACUUCUUGUAAAGCCUUCUGGACGGUUGGACGAUGCUCUAGCGAUCGUCUUACAUUACCC